UACGUUACUGCAGAAAGGUUUCUCAUCUCGGUGAAGAUCUUAGUUACUUGAUCGUUCGGAUGAAACAAAAGUGAAAAUUAAAUAUAUUAACGUAGAAACCAAAAUCCUCUUUAAGUGAUAUGCGGUUUUACUUGAGCUAAAAAAAGUUAACCAUUCUUUGUUUAACAUAUUAUUGAAUAUUCUUCAAAAUGGUUUACCCUGAAGAACCCUUCUGGGUUUUACCAACGGUAACUGGAUUCUACGAAGAUCGAGAUUAUAGAGUGAAUGUGGUGGAAGCCCUUCAAGAGUUUUGGCAAAUGAAGCAAUCGCGUGGAGCAGAAAUGAAAAAUGGAGCUCUUGUCAUUUACGAAUCGAUUCCAGCUAAUAGCCAGCCAUAUAUUUGUUUUGUUACACUACCUGGAGGGAGCUGCUUUGGAAGUUUUCAAAACUGUCCAACGAAGGCUGAGGCCCGUCGUAGUUCGGCUAAAAUUGCCCUGAUGAACUCUGUUUUUAAUGAGCACCCAUCGCGACGAAUCAGCGACGAGUUUAUUCAAAAAGCUGUUCAGGAUGCUCGUACUUCAUUUAAAGGAACAUCGCAAAUUAACGAGGGCACAGAAUCUGGAAUAGGAGCAUUUAGAUUCAUGCUGGAAGCCAAUAAGGGAAGAACAAUGCUGGAGUUCCAAGAACUUAUGACUGUUUUUCAACUGCUGCACUGGAAUGGAUCGCUAAAGGCAAUGCGAGAGCGACAUUGUUCGCGACAGGAAGUCGUGGCCCAUUAUUCUAACCGCAGUUUGGACGAUGAGAUGCGAUCACAGAUGGCACUGGAUUGGAUUGCCAGAGAACACGACAAUCCUGGUGUUAUUCGCAGGGAAUUAGUACUUGCCGAGAGGGAGCUUGAGACGUUCCGCAUGGCUGGACGUGAACUGCGCUUUCCAAAAGAAAAGAAAGACAUACUUAUGAUAGCACAUAAUCAACUGGGCGGUAGUGCUCUAAACUCGGCUUCCAUUGAUGAUUGAUCAAGAAAACUGUUAAGCAUUUUGCACGGUCAAAAUUAACCCCUUUUUUAGAUAAAUCAUACCACUUACCUUUUGAGUAACAAUCAAUAUUUAUUUAAUUGGCGUACCAUAUGAUCUCCAUGAUAAAAAACAAGUGGAAAAUAUAUAAAACUUCCCACAAACCCUUCCAAAUUAAACAAAUUAAUUUAAAAAAUCUUUGAAAAUGUGAUUUUUAAAACAGCUGC